ACCUUGGCAGUUUUGGCAACGCUGUUUUAAGAUGGCAGCGCCCACGUGUUAAAGUUUAUCGUGGUGGUUUAUGAAACCGGUUAAGCAUUGGUUAAGGGGCGAAAUAUUAUGCUUUAUUUUAUAGUUCCAAUCGUUCGCAUGCCUAUUUUAUUAUGAAGACUCUUUUCAUGUUAUAACAAUGUUUUUAAGUCUGUUCAGGCGUAGUGUAGUUGAUCUAAAACAUCUUGUUAGCAGAGCGAUGUCUUCAUGUUCCAUUCAAACGGCAAAGUUUGCCUACGUGAACUUUACAGAAGAGAACGAUCGACUUCAUCUGUCAUUCAAGUAUUCUGCAAAUGAGGCCGUGGAAAGGCAAUACAAUUUUAAUCGUUCGUCGACAGAACAGGUGGGAAGUGUUCUUGCAAGAAUAGCUUUGAACAUAAGUAGUCGAGAAGAGAAAAAAGUGAGGCGCAAGAAGCAGAAGCAGAAAGAUUACAACGCACCUGGGGAUCCUCAAGAUUCUCCAACCGAACUGGCGGUUUGUUUGGAAUACGAGGGGAGGUCGGUCCCUGCAGAUGCCACGAACUACGUGGCUUGGAAAGACGGUUCCAUAUUACAGAUUGGUCAGCAGCGCUACUCAAUAGCAGUGAACACACCUACGAUUAAGAAUGCCCGCUUGCCCAAGUUCAUCAUGGCAGGCUUUCCAGUCCAUCCCCAGGUUGAAUUGGAAAAUGCUGAUUUGUACGACUGCAAGGCUAUUUGGUACAAGAGCACACUGAGGGGCGAGCACUUUCCAACCGACGAGGUGCGCCGGACUCAUAACAAGUCCUUCUUCAACACGCAUGAGUGCAGUCUGAGCAUCACCCCUACGGUGGGCGACAUUGGGCGCUACUUGUUUGUGAUAUUAACUCCAUGUGUGGGUGAAAAGCAGGGCAUGCCCGUGGAGGUGGUUUCUACCACAACUGUCACCACUGGGCCCGAGUAUUGCCCAUUCGAUAGCAGGCACUGCUUCACAGCAUCCUACACCGAUCCUGGAAAGUUCAGAUGCAUGUCUUACAAUCUCCUUGCUGAUGCAUACGCGGACUCCAAAUUUGCCAAGACGGUUCUGUUUUCCUAUUGCCCGGAACAUGCGCUGGACAUAGCGUACAGGAAACAAUUGUUGAUCAAAGAGAUUUUGGGAUACAAGACAGACUUGAUGUUUCUGCAAGAGGUUGACCGCAGGAUGUUCAGUCAGGACCUUGAACCCCUACUGAGAAGCCAUGGCUACUGUGGCUCUUAUACUGAAAAGAAGAGCCCUAUGGCUGAAGGCGUUGCAUGCUUUUUUCGGGGCUGCAAAUUUAGGGCUGUAGAUGGUUGCAGCAAGCUGUUGUCCUCGGCUCUGGUGGAUGAGCCGGCACUAGCGGACAUAAAGCACAAGAUUGCCGAAAACGCCCGUCUCCUGGCUCGCUUUGUAUCUCGUCCAACUGCCUUUCAGGUGCUAUUGCUGGAGCCCUUAGAGAAGCCUGGCAGACUGCUCUUGGUUGCAAACACACACCUCUACUAUCAUCCCGACUCGGAUCACAUCAGGCUGCUCCAAGCAUACUGCUGCAUUCGUCUGCUCGAGUGGCUACGUCGCGAGUACAGUGAGCGGUUCGGUGUGGUGCCUGCAGUCAUCUUUGCUGGAGAUUUCAACAGCUGCCCUGCAUUUGGAGUUUAUCAGCUUCUGACUUCUGGCUCAGUCUCGGAGGAUUGUGAAGACUGGUGCAGCAAUGCCGACGAAGCAGUCUCUGGAUUGCGAGCCGUCCAGAAGAUUCCUUUGGCAAGUGCCUGUGGUGUUCCGGUCUACACCAACUACACCCCAAACUUCAAGGGCUGCCUGGACUACAUCUUUUAUGACUACGAGCAGCUACUUCGUGAGGAAAUGGUGCCUAUGCCUCCGCAGGAAGAAAUUGAAAAGCACGAGGGACUGCCGAGUAUUCUGUUUCCUUCCGAUCAUGUUGCUCAGGUGGCUACCCUGCGAUGGGUGUAAGUAUGGAAGACAUCAAGCUAGUUUUACGAGGCACUUGAUGGACCUUUGACAGACUACGUUUUGAAGGAGUGCUCCGAGAGAGACAUGUUAUAUUUAGUCCACUAACCCUGCUCCUAGGUGUAGUUUGUGGACCACCAAAAAAGUAAAAAGGUAAACUUUCUUUGUAACAAAUCAUUUGUAGUAUGUUUACCCUGCUAUGCUAUGAUGAUUGAAUGGAAUCCUUUGCACGGUACAUUUUUUCUCAUACUAAAUAGGUAUAGCCGGAUAAUGUACCAAUGCAAGGUGAGGUGAAAAAAUAGGAACCAUAGCAGAUAAUGCAGAAAGAGUUUCCCGCUAAGCAUAAUGCCUGGAUGUGUACAUAAUUGCUUCAUGGCAGCACACAAAAAGUUCCGUGCGACAAGGCACUAACGUUACAAUUCGCUGGCGAGUAGUCACGUGGCACGCUUUUAAAUCUUGCGCGCCUUCUUUAGAGCUAAAAGAAAUGAGACACAAAAUGGCUCCCUUGAUGGAAAUGAUGCAAUUAGAUGUUCCUCAACAUACUCUACAACUUUUGUGUUGGAGGGUUUGUGCCCAAAUUACCAUAUAAAAAGUUAGCCAAUUAAUCUGGUAAUUAGUCAGUUUGGUACAUUGCAAAAGAUAUCGACUUGCUUAAUAGGAAUGUUAACAAUACUGCAUUGGUUCGACACACGUGGUGUGCACCAGCCACCAGCUUUUUUCAAGUCUUAGCACAAGUUAGCUGAAACACCCUGUAUAUCUGAGAAUUGUACUGUGGAAAACUUGGUAUCCGUGAAUAUUUGCGAUGCACAAAAUUCUGAGUAACUGUCGUUUGUAUGAGGGCAUAUAGAAAAAAGUAGGGUACACUGAACGAAAUGCAAAAAUAGAGAUACUACUCGCAUCAGGUAUGUUAGUUUAAAGGUAUAAGCCUUUAUUAAUAUUUAUACAUGACCAUCUAAGGCAGUGGUUUUCAAAUGGGGGUCUGCGGACCCUUCGGGGUCCCCGAAGGCUUUCUUGGGGUCCCCGAAGCCUUAAACCAGGGGUCUCCGAACCUUGGGCCAGAUCCGACGCGCUGAGGUCUUCUGACCGCUAAACACGACAUUUAAAAUAAAGUAGUUGUAUUGAUCCACCUUACAUUCUCCUUUUAUUUUUUACUCCAACAUUCAGUUUGGUGUUCAAUAAUUGCUUACUUAGGAUUAUCUAUUCAGUUUUCCUCAUAUAUAUUUGCUUAUUUCUUUUCUGACCCUCGAGACAGCAACAGAUCCCUGAUCCGGCCUCUUGGCGAAAAAGUUUGGAGACCCCUAUCUUAGACAAUUAGUCAAGCCGAGCACUAAACCUUUUCUUUCGUUGAUGCUGGCUGUCGCAAAAAGCUAAAUAGACCGAACUAUGUGCACUCAGUGAGUAGGGUUGAUUAUUCUCUGUUCCAGAGCUUCAAAGCUGGUUUGCAUGUGUUUAGUUUCCUUCAUUUACCCUUCUGUCGUCGUAAUCAUCCAGUACCCUCUCCUCCCUUCUGGUGAAUGGAGUCUCCCAUCACUUCCGUCAUUCUAAAAGGGGUACCCAAAACAUUAGUGGUUGAAAACCACUGUAAAUACUUAACGGGAUGUGUGCUUAACUCCUCCAUACACAUAAAGAAAAAGGUUCCCUCUAGUUCUGUGCAACCAGUUCGGGGUCUAUAGUUUUCACGAGAAAGUGGAGGUGUUGCAACAUCCACUGUACAGUCCCCAUUUACCCCCAUGCGACUACCAUUUGUUCGGUAGAAUGAGAAACGAGUUAGUUGACAAUGUGCAAUUCCAAACCAAUGAGGCUGUGAAAACUGACUAUACAGUCUUCAAACAGUUGCAGAGAAUUGAAGGGGGACUUUUUCUGUAUGGGUGUGAAGACGUUCAUAACAUGUUUUGAUAAGAGCUCGCAGCCCCAGGGACUAUGUCGGUGUAUAAAGGGAUCUCUGAACGAACAUACUACGUCACUUGAGUAUCUUCCUUUAUUUUGUGCUUUAUUAAAAAGUGCAACUUACUCCUAUAUGCCCUCACAGUACCCUCA